AUGGUCUUUUGGAAGCAACAUGAACCGACGUCGAUGGAUGAAAAUUCUCUCCCAGAGACUAUUUACGAGAAUGAAGAAACAACCCAGUUUGCGAAAACUCCAUCGACGCCGAACAGAAAACGCACGCCUCUGACAAUCCGAAAUCGCCGAAUGCGACCUACAUCUCCAUCUAGCUGCGCUUCGCCCUCCUCGAACUCGGUGAUUUCUUCCAGCGGAAAGUCUUCCACUUCCAACUCUACCUGUUCCAGUCCCGGGCCUCAUUCUUCCAAUCCACGGAACAUGCCUUUAGUCUCGCCAAGAUGCGUUGUUAAUCCUUUCGAAAACGAUGGAGUGAUGAUGUCCCCAAGCGUUCUGGAAAUUGCUUCUAAUAUUGGCACCCCUAAUUCAGUUAAAAAUGGCGGCUGGACUCUUGAGCAGCGAUCCGUCCUCUUUCCAGUUCCAAUUACAGACGAGCAAGUCGACUCACAGUAUCAAUCAACGAUAACAAAUGAAGAUUCAACUCGUAAUGCAUCUGCUUGCCAAGAAUGGCUCCAGCAGACGGAUCUAACAAGCCCCUGGACCGGCCAUAAUGAAAGCGCCAACAGAUCAAGACUGAAUAAAUCAAGAUCAUUUUCAAGAUUGAGCAACGAACUAACGCAAGAAGCUUCAACGCAAACGAACACAUCACUACCUCCGGAUUUUAACCUUUUCGAAUUUCUUGAAAAACAUGGUGCACCGAUGCAAACGAUUCCCCCCUCCCGAGAAGCCAGUUUGGGCAGCGCUAAUAGCUCACUAAGAAGAAAGCUUUUUGAAGGACCCGAAGGCGAGUCUGAAGAAGAAGACGACGACGAAAUCGUCCCUGCGCCCUUUCAAUCGCCAAGUAGAUAUCCACCUCCCAAUCAACAAGUUUUCACUCCGAAUUCUGAGCAGUUCUCCAGUUCUCCCAUCAAAAUAUCACCAGUUUCAAAUGCUACCUCGCCCGGUGCCCUCUCAACUUGUGGAGGAGGGCCUGAAGUCUUCGAUGGAACGCCUUAUUGCUCUCCUUUCAGAUCGCCUUUUGGAAAUGAUGAUAUCUGCCUUUCGCCCAUUCCCAAGGAUGAAAAAUCAAUCACGCCUCGUUCAAGACAUCGCCGUCUGCUCUCUGACUCGGCUGAAAUUUCUAAACACUUGACCUUCGACGACAUGGAAUCGAAUGAAAACUUAUCGAGCGACUCUGACCUCGAUGAUACUGCGCUAGAGGAGGCUAAAGCUGAUAAACAACAAGUGAGAAACUCUUCGUUGAACGAUGAUAAUCUGGACUGCUCAAUGAAAUCGGAGAUUGGACAGAGCUGGGAUGUUUCGGCGAUUAUUAAGAGCGAGGAUAAGAUGUCGAGGAAGACGGGCAACGCAGAAUCGACACAUAUUCAAUCGCAGGCUAAUUUUCAAAGCAGUGGAAAUGAAGAAAGAAUGGAUGCAAUCAAGGAUGAUGAACACGCCUUGGAUGGCGAUGUGUGCAUGGACAGCAUUUACGGCGACUCACGGGGAUUCAGUUUCGAAGCAAGCGAGUACCAAUAUUUCCAAGACGGCUCCACGACAGGAAGCGCGAGUAAAAGCCAAGGCGAAGGACUCGACUCAGGCUUUGGAUCAAACUCGAAUCAAGCAUCAAGAAGCGAGGCAAAGCAGCUCUCCAUUCCGACACCCAUCAUUCACUCUGAAUCCGUCGAAGAAAUGGUCGAAAAAAUGAUUGUAGGAAUAGACAUAGGAACAACGAACUGUAAAUUCCUCCCUGAAGGCCAUGAAAAGCAGUCAUUCCCUAUUUCAUACUCGGAAGAUGUACAGUCCGAGUCACACAAAGAAAUCGAUCCAAUAACCAUCGUCGAUAAUUUGAUCAAAUGCUUCGAGAAAUUGGAAAAUGAAAAAGUAACUGGUGUUGUGGUGACGGGGCAAAUGCAUGGAGUUUUGUCCUGGGAUGAGAAUUUUAACCCGACGACGAAUUUGAUAACAUGGGAAGAUACGCGAUGCUCCCAGGUGUUUUGUGACGAUGUUAGCAAAGGUGGCCGACUCCAUCCAGGCUAUGGGAUCGCAACACUCCUUUGGCUACGUAAGCACAAUCCAUCUUGUCUGACCACCGCCAUCGCUGCAGGAACAAUAAUGGACUACGUCGUCGCGCGAUUGACGGAGACUCUCAGACCUCAAACAAGCUGGACAGUUGAUCCUGUAGACAAUCUGCUGCUUGAGGUUGCGAUGGAUCUAAAAGAUCAGACAUCGAUUAGCACGGAGUCUAAUAUUUUCGGAAUUGGAGCUUGUAAAGUUCUCGUUGGCCUGGGAGAUCAUCAGUGUUCCGUUGCUGGCCUUGGUAUGCCUCUUGAAAAGAAUGUUCUCUUUCUCAACUUUGGAACGUCAGCACAAAUGACAUUUCUUUCGGAACAGACGGUGAACGAAAACGGUUCCGUCGAGAUUCGUCCGUUUUUGGACCCCAAAAUUCCGCUCGUCACUAUAGCAAGUAUGAAUGGUGGAAAUGUUCUUUCUGCUUUUGUUCAAGAGCAUGGAGUCGAAUUCUCAAAUGUCGACGAAGCUAUUCAGCGAAUAGUCAAUACAGACGAAAUUCCUGACUAUCCUCAUGCUCGACUUUAUCCGGAAAGAUGUGGCUUGGAAGGUUACGGAAAACUUCCACUUUUACAAGGACAAAAAUCGGUCGAAACUUCUGUCUCACUCGUCAAGUCGUUACUAGCCAACCUAAAAAAUCUUCUUCGUUUCAAAAAUGACCAUUUCGUCUUCCCACUAUUCGAGAAAAUCAUUCUCUCAGGUGGCGCGUGCAAACUUUUUAUUCCGUUUCUCAAAGAUCUCGGCAGCAAUGUGGAAAUCGCCGAUGGUGAUGCUGCGUCUGGUGCAAUCGAGAUUUUCAAAUUCGUUCAAAACAACCUUUCAAAUUGA